AUGGAGGGUUACUUAAAUAAUCAAAUUUUCCUUGGACGAUUAGUAUUUGUGUUGCAAGCACUUGGCGAAUAUUUCUUACUUGUUCCGCAUUUUUGUGGUGUGAUGAGGCGAUAUAUUGUCCAUGGAGAUAUAAAUAAUGGCGAAAUCGAACAGGUCGACGAUAAGGCAGUGGAAGAGGGAAAAUUUUACUGUGAAACAAGAGGUCUUCUUUACUUGGAUCGUGAGCAAUCACUUGUUGAGGGGUUCAAGAAAACAUUCCAUCAGUUUCAUGAGUUCACGUUGAGCUGUGGUUCUGCUAUUGGGACUAUAUUGAUUUCAAAGAGGACUGCAUGUCACCGUUGUGGUGGCAAGUUACUGGUCGAAGGAAAUGGAAAUGUCGUGGUCUUUUACCAUAUAUAUUUUGGCAGUUACCUUGGUUCACGAGUGAAGAAAUCAUGCCGCAAAUGCAAAGUGUACGAGCAUUAUGGUGGUUAG